AAGUUCAAACAUUACAGUAAAAAUAGGGUACUUGCUGGCUGGCUUGGCUGCUUGUUGUGUUCGCUGGGAAUAAUAAACAACUUGGUGGUCACUGAACAUUUUAAUCGGGUUGCCACCGCAGCGAAAACUGGCGGAGAAACACGAAGAUGGCCCUCAGCUAAUCGUUGCUGUGUUGUCGGCGGAUUUAUCUACUGAACGAAACGACGGGGCUAGCUGGGUGCUAACGUUAGCACGCUAGCUCUCAUAGCAACCGCUGCUAGGCUAAGCUAACGUCACUGGACUGGACUGACUGGACUGGUACUCUUUAACUCUCUAUUGCUGCAGCUAUGUUCGUCCAGGAGGAGAAGAUAUUCGCAGGGAAAGUGUUGAAAAUACACAUCUGCACCAUGGACGGCACUGAGUGGCUGGAGGAGGUCACAGAAGACACCACUGUGGAGAAACUGAAGGAGAAGUGCUUGAAACAUUAUGUGCACGGAAGUCUAGAAGACCCCAAAACACUUACCCACCAUAAACUCAUACAUGCUGCUACAGAGAGAGUCCUCACAGACACUAAAACUGUCGCUGAUGAAAAUCUCAAAGAUAAAGAGGUUUUGCUGCUCAUAAAGAAAAGACCGCCACCAACGCCUCCCAAGAUGGCAGAAGUUAGUACAGAUGAAAAGAAGAAACAAGAUAACAAGGCUCCAGACAAAGAUGCAAUUCUGAAAGCCACCGGCAACCUGUCCACCCGCCACACUGACCGCACUGUUACCCAGCAUAACAUCAGAGAUUUUCAGACGGAGCUAAGAAAAAUCCUGGUUUCUCUCAUUGAAGUUGCCCAGAAGCUUCUUGCCUUGAACCCGGAUGCUGUUGAACUUUUCAAAAAGGCCAAUGCGAUGUUGGAUGAAGAUGAAGAGGACCGAGUGGAUGAAACAGCCCUUCAGCAGCUCACUGAGAUGGGUUUCCCUGAGAGCAGAGCCAUCAAAGCUCUGAGAUUGAACCACAUGUCAGUCACCCAGGCGAUGGAGUGGCUUAUCGAGCAUGUGGAUGACCCCACCGUAGACGCGCCCAUACCUGGCAAUGACUCCUCUGGGGCAGCAGGAGCCACGGCUGCCGCCACACCAGGCCCCUCAGCCUCAGCCUCAGCCUCAGCCUCAGCUUCAGCCUCAGCCUCAGCCUCAGCCUCAGCUUCAGCCACAGCCACAGCCUCAGCCUCAGCCUCAGCCUCAGCCUCAGCCUCAGCCUCCGGUCCCAACCUCCUCCGCAGCCUCUCCAGCCAGUCGAGCACAGAAGAGAGCAGCAGGCAGGACGAGCUCACAGAGAUCUUCAAGAGGAUCCGCAGGAAACGGGAGUUCAGACCGGACUCAAGAGCUGUCAUUGCAUUGAUGGAGAUGGGGUUCGAUGAGAAGGAGGUGGUCGAUGCUCUGAGGGUGAAUAACAACCAGCAGGAUGCUGCGUGUGAGUGGCUGCUGGGAGACAGGAAACCUUCUCCAGAAGAUCUGGACAAAGGCAUCGACACCAACAGCCCGCUGUUCCAAGCCAUUCUGGAGAAUCCAGUGGUCCAGUUGGGUCUAACUAAUCCCAAGACCCUGCUAGCGUUUGAAGACAUGCUGGAGAAUCCUCUGAACAGCACCCAGUGGAUGAACGACCCCGAGACCGGCCCCGUCAUGCUCCAAAUAUCCAGAAUCUUCCAGACCCUCAAUCGCACAUAGAGCCUCCUGGUGACCCCCUGUGUGACUGUGGCAGCUUGUGAGUGUGUGUGUUCGACCAUAUUGGGGUGUGUGUGUGUGUGUGUGUGUGAGUAAGUGAGGCUGGCAGAGACACAAGUAUUGUUUUUGCCUUGUAAAGACAAAGCUGGAGGAGUCAAAGUAUGAAUUAAGAUGUUACACAUAUAACUAUUUAUAACAGUACAGUAAAAACACUUAUACAAAACAAAUGUUAACAUAAACAUUAUUACAGUAAUAAUAAUAAUAAUAAUAAAAAAAGAGAGAUUUAGUAUGUUGUUUUUACAUUUUAACGAGAACAAUUUAUAGUCAUGACAGACUUGAUUUAUUUUAUAUAAUUUCUCCAUGUGCAGAAAUGACAUCAGACAUUUAAUGUUUACACUUCAAAGAAAACUGUUUUUGUAUGUUUUGCAAUAUUUAAAUAUCAAUUACAGUUUCGUCUGUCUCUUUUAAAUUGUUAUAUUUCAUCUGUGGUGAAUGUGUGGAAGACUUCUGUCAGUGUCAUGUUUUGUUUUUUCUUCCUCCUUUUGUCCUGUUUUUAUCAAAGUAACUGCUCGUAACUGAGAGGCCGGCGGUCAAAGUUGAGUGUUUGUUGAGCUCGUUCAGAACGGGCUCUCGGACGCACUACCUCUCUCCGUUCACGCCCGCGAGGUCGCCACGCGUCGACCGCCUCUCAGUUUAAAGCAUUUGUCCUUGAGCUUCUUCGAGAAUAUUUAUUUGACUUUCUUGCCUUUUUUAGACGAAAGCUGUACACUAAACUGUUUGUGUCUUAGUCCUGUUUUUACAAGAAAAUUAUAUAUUAGGCCUGUGUGUUUAUUGUCGAUGUGCUCUUGAAUGUCAUAUUAUCAUGUUGCGCUCAUUUAGCACUUGUUCACCUCUAUGAAUAUCACUCACUGCAGCACUGAGGGAGUUAAAAGAAGGGUUUUGUCUCAGCAGGCUGUAGUGGGAUGUUAAAUGAAGCUGAGCCUAAUCAAAAAGGGGUUUGCCUUUUUAAACCUUUAAUUUGAAUGAUGAAGAUGCUCGCUUCUUGCUGCGAAGGUGCAAGCAUCUUCACACACACACACACACACACAAAGAAAUAAUUGAAUUUGAGACACAACCAGUGUUGGGUUUACUUUUUUUUUUUUCUUUUGAGAGCAGUGAACAUUUAUGCUGUCAAACCAAACCAAAAUGACAUUAUAUAACCUGCCUUGUCAUUUGUUGUACCCAUUUAAAAAUACCCUGUAUUUCUGUGCAAUAGCAAAGGACUUCUGUUGACCUGUAAAGAAAUAUAUUUGAUUUGAGUGUUAGAGAUGUGUGAACUGCAAUGGGUAGUGUGUUCUACAAUAUUAGCCUUUACAUUGAGUACUUAAAAUCUCCAGCUACAAGAAGGCGAGGUUGGCCUCUCUUGGUUGUACCGAGAGCUAAAAACAAUAUGGAGGGUGGUGUGUUUUGCCAAGCUUUUGAGUGUUUUUAUUCAAUAUUUAAAAUGUGGUAUUGAUGUGACUUCUUGCUCAGGGAGGCUGAGAUUGUUUUUCUAAACCUGUCGUUAAUGGCAAACCUCUGCUCACCCCCCCAUUCUAGUUUGGCAUUUGAAAAUGGCUUUAACUAAUCUGUCUAGAACUUUAUGAAUAAGAGCACUACAAGACAUGGUUUCGUAAAUGCAAUAUUUGAAAAAUAUUUAAAUGUUUUUAGAGAGAAGUGUCUGUUUGAACUAUGUAUUAUUACAUUAUUUAUAUCGAAGCCAAACUAGUAACUCGUUCUUAUUUAUAACAUUUUUAGCAAACCUCAAAGCUAAUCUACAAAUGUGAAGAAAAAAAAAUUAAACGAUUCAAAUGUUGUUUUUACAAACCAUUGUAAAAUGUGCUUACGGACUGGUAGGCGUGAUUUUAAAGUAGUGUUUGAAUGACGAAGGAUUUCUACACACACACUUCCUGCACUGCAGUGGACCUUCAUCAUCAUCAUCAUCAUCAUCAUAGCCACACUGACCAGCUGUCUCACCACCUCCAUGCUUGGCAUUAGUAUGCAUACCAAACUCUCCCGUAAUAUCUUGAAGCAAACACCGGGAGCUUGUAGGUCCACAGGGAAACGCAGACAUCUUUCAAAACGGUCAACAGGAACAGAAAAGAACAAAAUGAACUUUAUUGCUAUAGGGACACUGAAGGAUCGUCGGAGUCGCAGGUUUUUGUUUUCACUCUGCUUUCAUGCAGGACUGUCCCCGAUUAACAACCUAUGCAAUAUACUCUCACCGUCUGUUCAUUCAGACAGCCUCAUGGCUACUGGCAUUUAAAUCACUAUUGCAUUAAAGUUAUUUUUUGUGGCUGUA